CUCACCUCUUCAAUCCCCAAUAGCCAAAAAGUUAUUUCCUUUUUCUAUUUUCCUUAUAUCUUCAUAAUACUUUUCCUGCGCACUUAGAUAAUGAUCGUACUAAUCCUUAUUUUAACUUCUUUUUACAGGUUACAAGGUAAGGUAGCAUUUAUAACCGGUGGUGCUAGCGGCAUAGGAGCAGCUACAGCUAGGCUAUUUGUUCAACAUGGUGCAAAGGUUAUAAUUGCAGACAUUCAAGACAGCCUCGCAACUAGCGUUGUACAAGAGAUUGGCACAGAAAAUGCAACCUUUAUCCAUUGUGAUGUCGCGAUUGAAUCGGACGUCCAAAAUGCGGUGGAUGCAACAGUUGCCAAAUUUGGUAAGCUUGACAUAAUGUACAGUAACGCUGGUGUAUUGGGCAAGCCAAUAUCCAGCAUCUUAGAAGUCGAUUAUGACAUAAUUAAGACUGUUUUCGACGUAAACAUUGUUGGCAAGUUCUUUUGCGCGAAACAUGCUGCUAGAGUGAUGAUUCCGGCCAAGAAAGGUGUCAUUCUUUUCACGGCAAGUGCUUCGACAGAGGUCUACGGUGCAGCUGUCCCACACACCUAUUCGGCCUCGAAAAACGCACUUCUGGGGCUUUCUAAGAACGUUGGAGUAGAAUUAGGGGAGUAUGGAAUAAGAGUUAAUUGUGUUUCUCCUUAUUACAUUAGCACCCCGCUUGUAUUAAACGGAUUUGGAAUAGACAAACAAAUGGCGGACAAAUGGUUUGCAGCAGGAGGAAAUCUGAAAGGAGCAUUACUAGGUGUAGAGGACGUUGCAAAGGCAGUAUUGUAUUUGGCAAGUGAUGAUUCCAAAUAUGCGAGUGGUAUGAAUCUCGUUCUUGAUGGUGGUUUUAGUACCACAAAUGUGGCUUUAACAGAGGCCUACAAGAAAUUGUUUCCAUCAACUACCAACAAAACAGAGUAACCAUUGGCUUGGCAAAUGUGUGUCUCUCUCUAUAUAUGUGUGCGCGCAAAUUAUGUAU